GUACUCAACGCAUCUUCCCACCAUCCACAAGUCUAAGCCACACACUAAUUUCAUCGGUCCAGAGCUAAAGGCAUCGAUCGAUGGCUCCAACACUUGCCGUGCGGCGCCACGAAUCUCAGCCGGGAGCGGCGGCGGUGGCGGAGGAGGAGCUGAGGAGGAGGAACGAGGAGCUGGAGAAAGAGCUGAAAAACAGUCGAGACAGGGAGGAGAAGAUGCGGAGAGAGAUGGAGAGAAUCUGGGAGAGAUUGAGGGUGGCGGAGGAGGCGGAGGAGCGGCUGAGCUCGCAACUCGGCGAGCUGGAAGCGGAGGCCGUCGAUCAGGCUCGAGCGUACAGAGCACGCGUUACGGCGUUGAUGGAUCAGCUCUCGGCUGCGAACAAGCUCAUCCAAUCGGCUUCUUCUGUUUAUGUUAGUUGACAAUUGACGAUGGAGCGAGUUAACUCAUCUCAGCUCAUGUUUUUUUUUUUUUUUUUUUUUUCAGAUUGAGAUUUGAUGUGAAUUUUGUCUAAAUCUAUAUAUUGUAUUAUACAAAGUAUGUUAAUCCUUGUUAAAAUAUGCAUUCCCAAAUUCCACGAUUGUUGGAGUCUUGGAGAUCAGAUAAUAGCUUCCUUUUUUUACUAAUUGAUGAUGAUGGUGUACUCUAUUUUAUUUUGAUCUAGGCAUAUAUAUAUGGAGAAUUUUACUUAUAUGAUUA